AUGUUUAUCAAAUCAAUAACCUAUAUCAAGUAAUUUAUAGGGUAACAUCAGAUUAUAAUAAGAGAUGAAGAAUAGGUGAGUAGCAAUAGUCCUAAGAGAUAGCCAAUUUAAUUUCAAAAUUAAGAAUGCCUGUUUUUUGACUCUUAUGCUCACCAAUGGUUAAAAAAAAAAUACUAAAUAGAAUUUAUUAAUAAUAAAUAAGAGAUCAUUUACAUUUUUAAUGGAUCAACAGUCAGGUUGUAUAUUUAAAUAAAAUUUAGAGUAAAAAAGUUUACAUUUUUGGAGCCUGAUGUUUUCGAUAAUUUAGAAUAAAUCAAUUAUCUUGAAUGGGUUGGAAAAUAUGGAAAGAAGCAUCAGAAGAUUGCUAAAUGGGGAAUCAAUUGGAAUGGAUAAAAUCUUUAAAAAGUAGGAGGAUAUUACUCAGAAAGUGGGCAAAAAAUUGGUUUAUGGAAAGAAUUAAUUAAGAAUUAUUGUAGGUAAAUGUUAAUUUUAAAAUAACUCUAGUAAGGUUCAUGUAUUUGAAGAAGGCGAAUAUAUUGAUGACAAAAAAAUAGGUAGAUGGAAGUAUAUUUAUUAAAAUAAAAUAAUGUAUUAAUUCAAUCUAAUUAGCGGUCUUGGAUCUUAUGAUAAAGAUUAGAAAAAGAUAGGAAGAUGGGUAGAGUUAUGGGAAAGCUUUUGGGAUGGAGCUUUAGUCACUUAUAAUGGUGAAUAUAAUUUAAAGGGUAUAAAGAUAGGUAAAUGGGAAAUUCAUUUUGAUAGAUGGGGAGAUGGGAAAUACAAAUAAAUGUAACUUAUAAAAAUGAUUUUUAAAAUAUUAUUGUAGUGGUUUUGGAUAAUAUGAUUAAUAAGAGAUUUAACAAAAGGUUGGGAGAUGGGUAGAGUUGUGGGAAGGCUUUUGGUAAGAUGCAUAAGUCACUUUUAAUGGUGAAUAUAAUAAAGUUGGUAUAAAGAUAGGUAGGUGGGAUAUCAAUUUUGAUAAAUGGGGAAAUGGAAAAAAUCAGUAAAUGUAAAUAUUAGUUAAAUAUAGCAUUGAUAUUUUAGAGGUGGUGGAUUAUAUGAUUAAAAAGGAAAUAAGGUUGGUCAUUGGGUUGAGCUAGAUUUAGGUUUUGGGUAUUAUAAAUAAAUUACUUAUAAUGGUGAAUAUAAUAUGAAGAGUCUGAAAGAAGGUAGAUGGAAUAUUUUAGCUUGCGGAAAAGAGAUGUAAUUAAAAGUAUAGUAAUGAUAAAUUAGAGGCGGAGGAUCAUAUGAUUAAAAAGGAAUUAAAAUUGGGAAAUGGGCAGAUCUAGACGAAGAGUUUGAUUAAUCGAAAUAGGUCAUUUAUAAUGGUGUUUAUAAUACGAAAGGUAAAAAGGAAGGUAGAUGGGAUAUUCAUUUUUGUGAAAAAGAGGAAAAAUAUUAAUAAAUGUAUAUAUUACAUUCUCAAAGUAUUAAUCGGUUAGCGGUGGGGGAACCUAUGAUUUAGAAGGAUAUAAAAUUGGGCAAUGGCUUGAGUUGCAUGAAGAGUUUAAAAGAGAUAAGUAAGUUACUUGUAAUGGUGAAUACAAUAUGAAAGGUCAGAAAAUAGGUAGAUGGAAUAUUCUUAAUUCAAAUUAGAAAAACUUAUUUAGGUAAAAAUAAUAAAGUAAAUUUUAUAGUGGCUGCGUAAUUUACGAUGAAAGCGGAAAUUAAAUUUAUAAAUCUGAAAAGUGAUCAAUUAUAUUAUCAUUAGUGAUUCUAUUAUCUUCGUUGGAUAAUUUAAAAAUAGAAUGAAAAUAGAUAGAUGGGAUAUUUUGUAUAAAGAAAAUUAAAAGGAAUAUAUAUAAAUGUAAUUAUGAUACAAGCGUAAACCUUAUUUAGUGGUGGUGGGUCAUAUAAUUAAAUGGAAAAUAAGUUUGGGAGGUGGGUAGAGAUAGACGAAGAGUUUAAUUAAUCAAAAUAAGUCAUUUAUAAUGGUGUUUAUAAUAUGAAAGGUAUUAAGGAAGGUAGAUGGGAUAUUCAUUUUAGCGAACAAUAGGGAAAAUAUAAAUUAAUGUAUUUAUUCUAUAAUUAUUAAAAUAAUAUAUUAGCGGUGGUGGGUCAUAUAAUAAAGACGGAAUCAAGAUAGGUAAGUGGGAAGAGUUGGAUAGAUUUUUUAUGAAAUACUAUUAAAUCAUUUAUAUUGGUGAAUAUAAUCUAAAAGGCAUAAAGAUUGGUACAUGGGUUGAAAUGAAUAUUAAGGAAGACUAUAAAUGCGGUGAAAAGAAAUAUGAAGAGUGA